CUUGAAACGGAGGAGAGGAUCCUCUUCCUCCUGCGACACUCCGCUUUCCAAGUUCCAAAAAAAAUCUGCAGAGCAUAAUCCGCUCAUUCUCAACCGUCCGUUACAAACAGUACGGACAAAUGACUUCAUCAGCAACUCUCUUCCACUUCAAGCCCUCUCUCCUGCACUGCUCCGCCUCCACCGCCUCUUCCUCUCACUCUCUCUCUCUCAAAUUCAUAUUUCCCGCCAGACCACAACGUCCACUUUUCCCAACGGUCCAAAUCCAAUCCCGCCCCAGUACGCCCAGAGCUUCCUCUCGCACCUUCGUUGCCACCGAGAAUGACUCAGGCUCAGCUCGAGAUCUCUUUUGCGCUUCAAUUUCAAGUAGAAGGAAAGCACUUGCAUUCGUGGCCACACUGCCAUGUCUUCUUCUUUUGAAUGAAUCAUCGAUGGCUGGGUUGGCUACUAGUGAAUAUAUGCUCCUAAAGGAAGAAGUGAGGAAGGUAUUGUCAAAGGGAAAGGCAGCCGGUGUACUUCGUUUGGUUUUUCAUGAUGCAGGAACCUUUGAUAUGGAUGAGAAUUCAGGUGGCAUGAAUGGUUCCGUUGUGUAUGAACUUGAUAGACCAGAAAAUGCAGGUCUCCAAAAACCUAUGAAGACUCUAGAGAAAGCAAAGACUGAAGUGGAUGCAAUACAACCAGUGUCAUGGGCAGACAUGAUUGCUGUGGCGGGAGCUGAAGCAGUUUCAUUAUGUGGAGGUCCAACAAUCCCAGUUCUAUUGGGCAGACUAGAUUCGGUGGAGCCUGAUCCGGAAGGAAAACUUCCUCAAGAAUCUCUUGAUGCUCCUGGUUUAAAGCAAUGCUUUCAAAGAAAAGGCUUAACCUAUAACACAGAAUUUAAAGGGGGAGUUAGAACACAAGAUCUUGUUGCUCUAUCUGGAGCUCAUACUCUUGGAAGUAAAGGAUUUGGAAAUCCAACUGUUUUUGACAAUUCAUACUUCAAAAUUCUUCUUCAGAAGCCAUGGAUGUCUUCAGGUGGUAUGUCAAGCAUGGUUGGGCUUCCUUCAGAUCGUGCACUUACUGAAGAUGAUGAAUGCUUAAGAUGGAUCACAAAGUAUGCUGAAAGUCAGAAUAUGUUCUUUGAAGACUUUAAGAAUGCUUAUAUCAAACUAGUAAAUUCUGGUGCAAAGUGGAAAAGCUUGUAAUAUUAAUUAGGGAGCAAAAUUUUGUUGUUUCUCUUUUAAUCAGAUACAGGAAUUAUAUACAGAUGCAUUUACAGAAAUUAUAUACAGGGUGCUUCAAUGUAGUUAGAAGUGAUGUGUACCAUCAUUUUGUAAUCUUUGAAAGAAUUAUUCUCAACAA